CGCAUACAGCGUAGAUCAUAGUCGACCAUGGCGGAAUGUGGUCGAGUUGACAGCAACACGAGUACUCAUACCAUGGAUAAAAGCAUUAUUCUUCCGCCCGACGAAAUAUUUCGUAAUUUGGAAAACGCAAAGCGGUUCGCUAUAGACAUAGGUGGAUCUCUGACUAAGCUUGCCUACUAUUCAACCGUACAGCACAAAGUGGCCAAAGUACGAUCUUUCGACCACACCGCAAAGGAAGCUGAUAGUGAUAAACUGUAUGAAAUAUCGGUUCAGGAAGAGGUCACUGCACGCCUGCACUUCAUCAAGUUUGAAAAUGCUUACAUUGAGACAUGCUUGGACUUCAUCAAAGACCACCUGGUCAACACUGAAACCAAAGUUAUCAAAGCCACAGGUGGAGGGGCACACAAGUUCAAAGAGCUGAUAGAAAGAAAACUGGGACUUAAAGUGGACAAAGAGGAUGAGAUGACCUGCCUCAUCAAGGGCUGCAAUUUUGUGCUGAAGAACAUACCUCAUGAGGCGUUUGUAUAUGCCAAGCAUGCUGACUCAGAGUUCCGCUUUCAGACGACCAAUCCAGACAUCUUCCCCUACCUGCUUGUAAACAUUGGCUCUGGGGUUUCCAUAGUUAAGGUUGAAUCAGAGGACAAAUUUGAGCGAAUAGGAGGAAGCUCAAUAGGUGGAGGGACGUUCUGGGGCCUUGGAGCUUUGCUCACUAAAACAAAGAGAUUUGAUGAGCUGCUACAGUUGGCCUCAAAAGGGCAGCACACAAGUGUCGAUAUGCUUGUCAAAGACAUUUACGGAGGAUCUUACGGGUAUUUGGGCUUGACUGGUGAUCUUAUUGCGAGCAGUUUUGGGAAAUCUGCAACUGCUAACAAAGAGUUUUCCAAAGAAGACAUGGCAAAGAGUUUACUCCACAUGAUCAGCAAUGACAUCGGACAGCUGGCCUGUCUGUAUGCAAAGCUCCACAACUUGUCCAGGGUGUACUUUGGAGGCUUCUUCAUCAGAGGGCACCCUGUUACCAUGCACACAAUCACCUACAGCAUCAACUUCUUCACCAAGGGUGAAGUUCAGGCCUUGUUUCUCCGACAUGAGGGCUAUCUCGGGGCCAUUGGGGCAUUUCUUAAAGGAGCAGAGGAAGACAAUCCCAACCAGUACAGUUGGGGGGAGAAUUAUGCUGGGAGCUCAGGCCUGAUGAGCGUUUCUCCAGAUAUGAACCCAAUGCAACGUGCUCGCAGUGGAACAUUUGACAUGUUGGAGAUGGACCGUCUGGAGAGGCAGCUGGUGAACCUGCCUCUGCUGCAAGACCCUUCCUCUUACAUCCCUGACACUGUUGACCUCACAGAGGAUGCCCCAGCCCGGGAAUACUGGCUCUACUGCUUCGAAGAAGCCUUGGAUGGGGUGGUUAAAAGAGCUGUAGCGAGCCAGCCUGACAUGCCGGAGGCAUCCGCGAGGGCUGAAAAGUUCCGUCAGAAAUACAGACACAAGCUUCAGACCCUCCGGCAUCAACCAUUUGCUUAUGGAUCCCUCACUGUCAGAAGUCUGUUAGACACGAGGGAACACUGUUUAAACGAGUUCAACUUUCCUGAUCCCUACUCUAAGAUUAAACAGAGGGAGAAUGACAUGGCUCUCAAGUACUACCAGAAGGCAGUGAAGUCCUUGGAAGAGCUGAGCUGGGAGGACAGACAGUUUGCACUGGUCAGGGGCGUCCUGGCUGGGAAUGUUUUUGACUGGGGAGCCAAGGCUGUAUCAGAUGUGCUGGAGUCUGACCCUGAGUUUGGGUUUGAGCAAGCCAAACGACAGUUGGAAGAGCGGCCAUGGCUUGUUGAUUCCUAUGACCAGUGGCUUGAGAGACUAAAGGGUCCUCCUCAUAGGUGUGCCUUGUUUUUCGUAGAUAAUAGUGGAGUGGACAUCAUUCUUGGGGUGAUACCCUUUGUCAGAGAGCUUCUGUCUCGAGGAACAGAGGUUGUGUUGGCCAGCAACUCUGGUCCAGCUUUAAAUGAUGUAACAAAUGGUGAACUUCUGAUUCUGACUGAAAGAAUUGCUGCUAUGGAUCCUGUGAUUCAGGCUGGCCUAAGAGAGGACAGGCUGAUAUUGGUCCAGAGUGGUUCCAGUUCCCCCUGUUUGGAUCUGAGUCGCCUGGACAAAGUGCUGGCGAUGGUAGUACGAGAGCGAAAAACCGACCUGGUGAUCAUUGAGGGAAUGGGCCGAGCCAUUCACACCAACUACUACGCCAUGCUCAGCUGCGAGAGCCUCAAGAUGGCCGUCAUCAAAAACUCGUGGCUGGCUGACCGACUGGGAGGAAAGCUUUUCAGCGUGGUCUUCAAGUACGAAGUGCCGGCUGGAAAACCCAGUCCGAACUCUGCUGCUGUGACGCCCUCAUGAGCAACCACACCGGUUUAUUUGGAGCUUCGAAUGUAAGGACUGUGAUUGUACAUUGCAGUUGAGUGAAUGUAUGAUUGUAGACUGUAAAAAUUGAAGCAGGCUUUUAAGGAUUAUCAUCAGUAGGAUUUUACAUUGUUUAUUUUUUCACAUAACUGAUUUUACUGUUUGUCUCAUGCACAUGAAAUGACUUUGUUGCAAGUCUUACUAUAAUGCUGUGUUCAGUCACUUAGCUAAUUACUGUCAUCACUGCCUGCUGAUCUCAUUCACCGCCUGGGAAGUCGUCAGGGAACUUUUACAGGAGUUGAACAUUGAUCAGAAACUUGCUGCCAGCACACCUGUGUUCACAUAUGAGAAAGUGUGUGAGAAAUGACAGCUUCUAGCGGACUUUAUACAUUCAUUAAAGUGUGAUUAAUGUGCCUUAAGCCUGAUGUGAUAUAAGCACCAUUCACUGGAAUAGCUUUUAAAGCUACACUUAACACAUAAACAUCUGCUUUUUUUAUAGCAUUAUCUUAUCACAAGAAAAAUUCUGUUUUUCAUCACUGCCAGCCGAGGACUUGAGAAAAUGAGAAGAUUUAUUGUCGCUGUCACUUGUGUGUCUGUUUAAAGUGGAAUUGGGGAAGUUUUCGAUCAGAGGGACAAGGGGCGCUGCAUCAAGUAUGUUUGCUUCCCUCCACAAGGUGGCAGCGUUCUACUGUUAUAUAGAUUUUAAUGAAAUCUUUCCUAAGGUGCUUGGUGUCAAAAUAAACACUGCAUACUUCAGGUUAAAUGUUUUGUAAGCUCUGUAGUGAUACACAUCCAUGUAUUCACUCUAGUUAAUUGGCAUGUAUAAAUGCACAUUAUAAUCCAUCCUUCAAUGAAAAACAUUUGUUUGAGGGCAAUAAUACUGCAACACCUAGUUGUACCAAACAACACUGUGUGAUGAUGAAAUUUCUGACUGUAUAACUUCAUAAAAAUAUCUGACUAAAUCAGAAUUAAAUGAGAAAAACCUCAAUGUGGAAAUGGCUCCAAGAUAUUGCUCCUUGACAAGUGGAUUCAUAUUGAAAUACUGUAUUUCUCAUUUGUACAUAUGUGAUAUAAAAGUGUAAAUAUAUGUAUACACAUAUAUAUAUGUUAAAUUCAGCUGCAUCUCUAUAGUUAUGCACACCAAGCACAAUUUGUGUAUUAUUCUCUUGACAAUCAGUUUGAAUUAAAUGAUAAAAACCUUUA